CACGUCCCCGCGCCCCCAGUGCUGCGCUAUUUCCCGGAGUACCAGUGGUUCGUGGAUUUCUCCGUGUACGCCGGCGCCGUGUACGUGUUCAGCGAGGGCUACUUCAGCCUGGCCAGCGCCGGCAGGGAGACCAACCUGGGCGUGCUCUGGAGCCUGCUCACCGUGCUCUUCUCCGUCAAGGUUUUCUUCACGGUGAUGCGUCACUAUUUCCGCUCGGAGGAGGGCGGGGAGCGCUCCGUGUGCCUCAGCGCCGCCUUCUUCUUCCUGCUGCUCGCCAUGCUGGCCCUGGUGGUGCGCGAGGAGUACCUGGAGUUCGGCCUCGAGGCCGGCCUGGCCGGAGUCUCCUCUAACCUGGAGCCCAUCCUGAAGCCCCGGGGCUGGGAGUGGACGCUGCCGCUGGCCAGGCUGGCCUUCAGGCUGGGGCUGGCGGCGCUCUGCUCCUUCCUGGGGGCCUGCCUGACCUUCCCGGGGCUGCGCCUGGCGCAGACACACCUGGACGCGCUCGCCAUGGCGGCCGGCAAACCCCUGACACGGGUCCUGCUGCACGUGGGGUUCGUGGCUCCCGUGCUCGUGGUGCUGCUGUGGGUCCGGCCGCUGUCCCGGGAUUUCCUGCUCCAGGCCCCGCUGGGCAAGGAGACGGUGCAGAUCCUGUCGGCCUCGUCCUUUGACACGCUGCGGCUCUGGGCCGUGGUGGCGCUGUCGCUGCUGCGCCUGCUGGGGACGCGCCACCACCUGCAGGCGUACCUGGCGCUGGCCGAGCGCUGGGUGCGCCGCAUGCGGCGGCAGGCGGGGCGGAUCCCGGCCCGAGAGAUCCAGCAGCAGAUCAGCAGGAUUUACUGCUACGUGUCCGUGGUGAGCCUGCAGUACCUGGGGCCCGUGAUCCUGACGCUGCACUGCGCCCUGCUGCUCAAGACGCUGGGUCAGCACUCCUGGGGGCUGUACCCCGAGUCCCCCGCCGUGUCCCCAGCAGCGCCGGUGGCCCCGCCACGCCCCGAGGGUGACGGGGACGUGCAGGUGGUGGUGCAGGAGAUCUCGGGGGUCCUGGGCUGCAUCUUCACCCCCCCCUUCUUCCGAGGACUCUUCUCCUUCCUCACCUGGUGGGUGGCCGCCUGCCAGGUUGUCACCAGCCUCUUCGGCCUCUACUUCCACCAGUACCUGGCAGCAUCCUGACUGGGAGGGACUGGAGGGACUGGAGGGACUGGGUGCUGCUGCCUUGCCUGGUUGUGCCACUUUGAGGACACACGUGGGGACAUGGGUGCCACCAGGACGGGUUUUGUGUCACCGCUGUGCCUGCCCCCCGUGGGGACACUCCAGUGCUGCCUUAUCCUGGAGGGCAGCGGCUCCUGGCAUGCUGGGGACACGGUGGGGACAUCCAGGAGUGGCAGCUGGAGUGGCCAGCAGAGAUUUCGGGGUGUUCUCGGCUGAGGCUGAGGGGUUUUUGUGGGGUCUCUGUCCCCCCGUGCUCCGUGUGACCCCUGAGGCCCAGCAGCCUCGGGGGUGGCUGCUCCACAAUAAACCAGUGACACCAA